AUGUCCGUUGUUUCACUUCUGGGGGUGAAAAACCUCAACAACCCUGCCGCUUUCACCGCCUCUUAUCAAUUUGAAAUUACCUUUGAGUGCCUUGAGCAGCUUCAGAAGGAUCUGGAAUGGAAACUUACCUACGUCGGCUCCGCCACCUCAUCCGAGUAUGACCAAGAACUUGACUCCCUACUGGUUGGCCCCAUCCCAGUCGGUGUGAACAAGUUCAUCUUCGAGGCCGAUGCGCCUGAUGUCAAGCGCAUCCCCACUUCGGAGAUGCUGGGUGUCACUGUCAUCCUCCUCACAUGCAGCUACGAUGGCAGAGAAUUCGUGCGCGUUGGUUACUAUGUGAACAACGAGUAUGACAGCGAGGAGCUUGCCGCUGAGCCCCCUGCGAAGCCCGUGAUUGAGCGCAUUCGUCGCAAUGUCCUCGCUGAGAAGCCCCGUGUGACCCGCUUUGCUAUCAAAUGGGACUCCGAGGACUCUGCCCCGGCUGAGUACCCACCUGACCAGCCCGAGGCUGAUGGCCUUGAUGAUGACAGCGGUGCCUACGGUGCAGAGGAGCGUGAGCUUGAGGCCGCACUGCUCAAGGAACUCGAGGAUUCCAACAAGCCUCCCCCCGGAGAGGACCACGAGAUGGAAGGUGCCGACGCCCCUGCUGGCAAGGAGGAAGAGGAAGAAGAGGUCUCCGAUGCUGAGAGUGAAGAUCUCGAGGCGGAGAGUGAUGACGACGAGGAUGAUCUCGACGAGGAAGAAGGCGGUGAUGGUGACGAUGAUGUUGAAAUGGGUGAUGACACGGAGCAAAAGGAUGACUCGGCCAAGCCCUCCCACCAAACCCAGCCUGAGGUCAUGGUGCACUAG